UUGGCCACAAAAGGAAAAUUAUAUUCCAGAAUAACACUACAAAUCUUCUGUUUUUUGUCCACUAUGUGAAAAACCAGCCCGUAACAUGUGCUCUGCUCCUCACUGGCUUCAGUCACUGCGUGACCCACAUAACUGUCUGGUCUGGACAUGGAUCCUUUUGGAAUGCUCAGCGAUACCAUGAGUUUUAUAAAUAGUAUCGAGUUUGAAAAAAAAAUGCCUCAGUCAUCAAAAUCUAAGUAAAACCUCAGGAGCAGCACAUGGGAAAGGUUGGCAGACCCAAACAACAUCACAAACACUUACUUCUCAAAGCGGUGCAACACUGUGCUCCAUAGAAAGGGCCAUUUGUGGGGGGAGAAAAACUCUGAGGACAGUGCAUUUCUGAACGUGACCAACUGAAGACAUGGCACUGGCUCUACCGUGCAGUCUGAAUGACUGGGGCAAUCCAUUGUGGGAUCAGAGGGAGCAGAGUAGAGACACCAGGAGGGUGAGUGAGACUAGUGAGAGCAGCGAGGAGGGGUGGGCACAAAGAGACCACGAGGGACUAAGUGAGGAGACAGAGGAGGACAUGGAUCGAGAUGGACUCGUGGACUCUUAUAAUGAAGAUGCCAAUGAUGACGACGACAAUGAUGAUGAUCAUCAUGGCGAUGGGGGAGGUCUGAAUUCCGAGGGAGGUCUGAAUUCCGAGGAAGGUCGGAAUUCCGAGGGAGGUCUAUAUGAGAAGACCAGCCCAAUUGAAACACUUAAUCCUGUGGACGAGGCAAGUUGUGUGUUUGUUGAUGAGACUGUUGACGAGAUAACAAUUAUUGAUGCGAUAACUGUGUGUGAGGACAAUGGAGAGCUUGCUGUGCCUAAGGGAGAGAAGAAAGGAGAGCUUAACACAGAAGGCAGUGACGCAGGAGAGAAGAAAGCUGAUGAUGAGGGUGAGGAGGACAAUGAAGAGGCAUGUGAUGACUGGGAAGAUGAAGUGUACGAAGAAGACGAGGAUGAUGAAGAAGAAACCACAUUGUACCACCAUUCCACUUACCCAACCGAAGUGUUUCAGAAUCUGGAGGAUUUCAGGCACUCCUCCUUGCUCAUUGACCUGACUCUGAGCACUCAGGAUGGGCAUACUGUCCAGGCCCACUCCCCAGUCGUAGCCGCCGUGAGCUCCCUAAUCCAGCAGAAGCUGAGAAUGCAGUCGGAAUGGAGCCACUCAGACAUUCACGUGUGUUUAGGCCCCGAGGUGACCCAUUUCGGUCUUGCAGCCGUGCUAGACUUUGCCUACACAGGAAGCAUGCCAACUCUUUGCAAAGACACAAUGGGAUAUAUACAGACUGCAGCCCUUGCUAUGGGGGCACAAAGAGUUUUGGACCUCUGCAAACUGAAAGAAGAGGAAGAGGAGAAGAAGAAGAGGAAGGAGGAGGAGGAAGAGAAGAAGAAG